UAACUGCCCCAUAAAUCGACCCGCAUUGCCCCCCCCCUCCAUCCUCUCCCUCUUAUUUACGUUUACAUCCACUGUGACCAGAGUCAAGGAGACAGACAGUCUGCAAGGAUCCGGUUUGAAACAGAAGGUGACCUCAAUCCUCUCCGCGCAAUCUCCCUUUCUCCUUUCUGUUCAGUUCAUCCAGGAAAGAGAAGACCAAAAAAAAAAUCCAGAAAGAAAGAAGGGAAACAAAUACCCCACAGCAUAUAAACAAGAUGUCAGGUCUCGACGUUGAGGCUCUCCUCGAGUCUACAGCCGCCCCUCCGUCCCAAGACCCUCCACGCUCUCAGGACCCCGAUGACCGCUCCAAAGCCGACAGCAGCGAGCGCCGCGACCGCGACCGCUCCCGAGACAAGGACCGCAAGCGUCGGGAUCGCAGCCGGGACCGACGCCGCGAGCGUGACGUCGAUGGAGACGAGGACAUGAAGAGCCCGAGAAGCGAACACGGCAGUGCUAACGGAAGCCAUAGAAGCAGGAAGAGGAGCAGGAGUCGCGACAGCGAACGCCGUCGUGCCCGUCGUGACCGCAACGGCGGUGGUGGUGGCGGCGACGAUUACCGCUCCGGCGGGGACUUCUACCGCGGUGGUGGCCGCGCUCGCACUCGCUCGCGCUCUCCCUAUGAUGAUCGCUACUACCGCCCCUCGGGGGGUCGCUCACGUCGCGAUGAGCGCGACGAGGAACGCCGCCCUCGUCGUGACCGCGAGGGCCGUCGCCCCAGCCCUACCCCGAGAAGUCGUGAGAGGACGCCCGAACCCACCGAGGAUGAGCGCGACAGACGCACCAUUUUUGUCCAGCAGCUGGCUGCCCGUUUGAGAACCAAGGAGCUGAUUUCUUUCUUUGAAAAAGUGGGACCCGUCAAGGAGGCUCAGAUUGUCAAGGAUCGUGUCAGCGGACGGUCUAAAGGUGUCGGUUAUGUCGAAUUCAAAAGCGAAGACUCCGUUGCGCCGGCGAUCCAGCUUACAGGACAGAAACUUCUAGGAAUUCCCAUCAUCGCACAGUUGACGGAAGCGGAGAAGAACCGCCAGGCUCGGAACCCUGAGGCGAGCAGCGGCAACAAUCACGCUGCUCCAUUUCACAGGUUGUACGUGGGUAAUAUCCAUUUCAGCAUCACUGAGAGUGACCUCCAGAACGUCUUUGAGCCCUUUGGCGAACUCGAAUUUGUCCAGCUGCAGAAGGACGAGACCGCCCGCAGCAGGGGGUACGGUUUUGUGCAGUUCCGCGAUCCCAACCAGGCUCGGGAAGCUUUGGAAAAGAUGAAUGGCUUUGACCUCGCUGGUCGCGCCAUCCGUGUUGGCCUUGGCAACGAUAAGUUCACCCCUGACUCGAGCGCCCAACGCAUUCAGAGCCAAGGUGCAAACCAAAGUAACUUCCAGGGCUCGCUGUUCUCUGGUUCCGGAGGACGUGGUGUCCAGGCUGGCGGCAACAACAACUUCGACCGUGCUGGGGGCCGUGACUCCGAGAAGGGGGCCGGGGCCAGUGCCCUGGACGACACGGAUGUCGCCGGAGUAAACUUCAACAAUUACAGUAGGGACGCGUUGAUGAGGAAGCUUGCAAGAACAGAUGAACCUUCCGAGCCUGCUGCCGACGACCAGCGAAAAGUGCUGCGGCCCAAGACUGAAGCCAAGCCGCUGCCCGUGAACGUCAAUAUGGCGAGCCGGUGUGUCUUGCUCCGCAACAUGUUCGACCCAAAUGAGGAAGAGGGCGAAGUCUGGAUCAAGGAGCUGGAGGAUGACGUUCGCGCUGAGUGCGAAGACAAAUAUGGCCAUGUUGUUCACAUUUCCCUAGAUCCCAACUCCCAAGGCGACAUCUACCUGAAGUUCGACCGCGUCCAGGGCGGCGAGAACGCCAUCAAGGGGCUGAACGGCCGCUUCUUCGGAGGGCGGCAGAUUACCGCGCAGCCCGUCGUCGACGCGGUGUACAGCAGUCUGUUCUCGCGAACCAAAGCCAUCUAAAAACCCAUCACCAUCAUCAUCGUUCUCCCGCGGGUAGGUAUACCAUGAUCUAAUCUUUCACCAGGUGCAAUCUGUGACGGCAGGACCACACUUUGACCUUGAGCUGGUGAGCGUUGCCGCGGCAUGCAUGUGGGUUGGCUGGGAUGCAGUGACAUGUGCACACCCUUGGUAGGUGCCAGUCUUCUUGACAUCUUACUCUCACGGUUGUCGACGGGCCAAAAGCCUUGCGGAAUGAUCUGUUUAUAGGGAUUUGUACGUGCUUAGCGCCAAUAUUAUUCGUAACUUUUUUUUUUUG